ACAAGCCUGUGGUCUGUGGAAACUUUGCCGUGAAACUGAGUGUGAAGUACAGAGAGAACCUAAGCUGCUUACAGUCAACAAGGGCACAGCUGCGCUCGCCCCAACACACACACACAGUUGCGACCAAACACAGGGGCUGACAAGGACAAAGAAAAAGUGCUUGGAAAAGGACAACUUUGCACUGUCACUGCUUCAGCCAUCUGUUACACUCACAAACUCACAAGCCUUGCCUGCUCUAACCUGAAAAGGAGACUAAAACGGCACAAUGGAAGUUCUUGCGUGUCCCAUGGGCAACAGCCCUAACCGCCUGUACAGUGCCCUGGCCCACACCCUGAGCAGCGGCCCUCUGUCUCAGCACCCCCCAGCCGAGCUGGACCAGGACCAGGACCAGGAGCAGGAGCUGGAGCCCGUGGACCCCGUGGAGCUGCUCAGGGAGUGCGAGGAGGCUCUGCGGACCCGACCGGCCCGCCUGCUCAGAGCCUUCGUCCGCCAGGGUAACAGUGGGAGAGACUGUCACCAGCAGCCCAUACGGGUCAUGCAGUGGAAUAUCCUCGCCCAAGCUCUAGGGGAAGGCAUGGACAGCUUCGUCAAGUGCCCCCUGGAGGCUCUGAAGUGGAACGAGCGCAAGUACCUGAUCCUGGAGGAGAUCCUCACCUACCAGCCGGACGUGCUGUGCCUGCAGGAGGUGGACCACUACUUCGACACCUUCCGGCCCGUGCUGGCGCGCCUGGGCUACCAGAGCAGCUUCUGCCCCAAGCCCUGGUCCCCGUGCCUGGACGUGGAGAACAACAACGGCCCCGACGGCUGCGCGCUCUUCUUCCGCCGCGACCGCUUCCAGCUGCUGGGCACGGUGCACCUCCACCUGGCCGCCAUGAAGCUCAAGACCAACCAGGUGGCGGUGGUGAGCACGCUGCGUUGCCGGGCGACCGGGCGCACCCUGUGCGUGGCGGUGACGCACCUGAAGGCGCGGAGCGGCUGGGAACGGCUGCGCAGCGCCCAGGGCCACGACUUGCUCCGCAACCUGCAGAACAUCACCCGGGACGCAGCCCUGGUGGCGGAGGACGAGGGCGUGGGUACGGGCGCGGGCGUGCCGCUGCUGGUGUGCGGAGACUUCAACGCCGAGCCGUCCGAGGAGGUGUACCGGCGCUUCGCCACCUCCAGCCUGGGCCUGGACAGCGCCUACAAGCAGCUGAGCUCGGACGGACAGACGGAGCCGCCCUACACCACCUGGAAGAUCCGGCCCAGCGGCGAGAGCUGCAACACGCUGGACUACAUCUGGUACUCGCGCCAGCACCUCAGCGUGGACACGGUGCUGGACUUCCCCACCGCCGAGCAGAUCGGCCCCGACCGCCUGCCCUCCUACAACUACCCGUCCGACCACCUCUCGCUGGUCUGCGACUUCACCUUCUCCCACUUGCCUGAGUGAACAAUGCCAAAAGCAGAAAAAGUGACCCGGCUAUGACAGGGUAGGACAGACUGACCAGGAGCUGGGUCAGGAACCCAAGGUCAAUAGUCAAAAUGUGACACCUGUAGUAGAAUUCCUAAAGUUAGGAGACCCUUCUACUGUUCUGACAUAAUGCCAGGGAUGAGCUCCUGCUUACAAGCUAGCUCAUCCUGUGUAGAUAACCAAUCUCAGUACAUUUCUCUCAAGGUUAGCAGGAAGAGAUGGAUUGGGUGCUCUAACUUGAGGCAUUUGGAUCUAAAUGGAUAUAUACUGUAUGCUCUGUGGUCAUACUCAAUCUCCCUCCAUUAACAGUGAGGUCCAGUUUACCAUUCUUUCACACGAACAUACGGGCAUUUGUGGGUGUUUGAGGGCGUUUUUUGAAGGUAACCAGGUACGCCAUGCUGUUAGAGGUGCAACCAAACACUGCAUCAUCAUUGAUAAAACAUAGUAAGGAGUGGGCUCAAAGGUUAUAAAAGUAUUUUGUCAUGUUUAAUUCUAUAAUGAAAGCACUUUUCUUGUGUUCACUUCUGACUCCUCGGAUAUCAAGUUGGUAACUAUAAAUGGCUAUUUGAUGUCUUUAGAACACUAAACAUAUCAGAGGUGUCAAAUGUUACUCCAGUCUAGAUUUUUUUAUGUUAAUCACUCCUACCAUAGGAGUCCUAUGAUGUGUUUUUAUUGUCUAUCCAAAGUAAAGUGCCUGUUUCGAAGUUAACUGAUGGUCAAAUCAACCAAAAAUCCGAUAUUGCUUGCACCUCCAAGUGGUCUGUGACCUAAGUUUGUGUGAUAGAAUUGAAGGGCAACAUAGCGUAGGUCUUGCGACUUCAAUAAUGCUGCUCAUUCUACAGUAGAGUGGCUUUGUGCUAUGUGCCGUAAAUGACCAUUGUUUAAACUGACUAUUUGUAUUAAAGUAAAUUCCUGGUCUUCUGGUUGAUCAUUUACCGAUCACAAACAAAUGUUUAGUGUUUACACUAUUAUUUUAUGAAAAGGAUAUGACCAAAAGUGUUCUAAACAAAAUCGGCAAACAUCAGGAUGUUUAACAUCACGUCCUAUGCAUCACAAUAGAGGCAAGCUAAUAAUUGGUCAUUUUCUGUCCUUCCCAAAUCCUGCAAACAGUUUAAGGUUCAUACUCUGUGCAGAAGAAUAAACUGUUGACUUACCAUAUGACAGAUACAAUGGCGUGUCUUCCUUUUAAUAUCAGAGCCACAAACAAUGCAUACACAUGCCCUGACUUCAGGCUGGUUUCUUCUGGGACCCCAUUAUCCCCUAUGGGACCAUGUUUGCGUACUAUGAGCAUCCAGCGGAGCUGGUUCUAGAGGCAUCAAAGGUCCAUGUUUGUGUGGUGGUGACCUCAAUGCAGUUGUGAGUAGCGUAGUUGGAUGGUGCAAUGACAGUUUCAAGGGGACAGGGCUGGCCAAGGAGUAAACAUGGCCUUGCCCUAAAGGCCUUUGCACAGGGAGGCACGGGAGUACUGAUGCAAUUGUGUGCACUGUUAAUAAAAUUGCUUUUUUCCCCUUUCAACCAACACACUGGGGUAAAAGACGCGUCCCCAGUGAGAGCAUUGUGUAUAUGACUGGUUUAAAUAUGGGCUGCACUGUCUUGUAGAAAUGGCUACAAAUACUGUAUAUUACUCCAUUAAAUUGUGCAAAAUCA